AUGAAUGUUGAGGCGCGGUGGUCGGCGAUCCUAUCUCCGACGAUUCUGGUUACCGAAGGAGCCGGUUUCAUUGGCUCUCACACUGUGGUUCAGCUUCUCAAUGAAGGCUUUAGGGUUUCGAUCAUCGACAAUCUUGAUAAUUCCGUCUCCGAAGCUGUUGAUAGGGUUCGUGAUUUGUUCGGCCCUAAGCGUUCUCAGAAUCUUGAAUUCCACCUGGGUGAUCUUAGGAAUAAGGACUUGGAGAAGCUCUUUUCUCAAACACAAUUUGAUGCUUUGAUCCAUUUUGCUGGCCUAAAAGCUGUUGGGGAGAGUGUUGCAAGCCUUUGCCGUUAUUUUGAUAACAAUUUGAUUGGCACUAUUAAUCUUUAUGAGGCUAUGGCAAAAUAUGAUUGCAAAAAGAUGGUUUUCUCAUCUUCUGCAACAGUUUAUGGUCAACCUGAAAAAAUGCCCUGUGUUGAGGAUUUCGAAUUGAAAGCUAUGAAUCCUUAUGGAAGGACCAAGUCUUUGCUUCCAGAUUAUCAGCGGCUUUCUCAUAGGUUAAAUACAUCAAAGCUUAUGAAAAUAGUGAAUAUUUCCAAAAUAAACUGGUGGACACAAUGCAUUUUAUGGAGAUUCUAAAUUUAAAAGACACUGUUGAAAAGGAUACCUUCUUCUGCAAGCUUCCAAAUUUAGUAGAGCAGCUUCCUCAUCCAAUUGUCCUGAAAAAGUUAGUUCCAUUAUUAGCUUCUGCAGUUGAAUUUGGUUCAGCUGCUGCCCCUGCUUUGGCUGCCUUGUUGAAAAUGGGUUCUUGGCUUUCGACAGAAGAAUUCAGUUCCAAGGUCAUGCUCUUUCAGUACAUUUACAAUAUCCUUAUUUUCAGAUGUUAAUUUUUGUCUUAUAAUGAUCUGGGUUGAUUGAUAUCUAUCCAUAUAAUGCAUAGAGCUUUAGUUGCUUGUUCGGCCAGUUUGAUGGCUCUAUAUGAACUAGCAUUUUUUGUGAUGCCCUAGGAAUAAGAUCUAUGCAUGUGCAAAGGAGAAUUAUUAUUUUUUUGUUAAGUAAUAAGAUUAUAUAAAUCCGAAAAAAUGAGCCACCCAAGUAUACAGGAAAUAUACUGGUUAGACAAUUAGUACAUUGGACUUGAUGUAUUUGGUUGUAUACAUUCGACUUUUGAUGUAUUUGGUUGUAGUAUGUGGUUUUUGUGCAUGAUUGUGGGUUUUUCCACUCUAAUGUAGAUAGAGUGUCAGUUCGGCCCAAAUAAAAAAUAUUCCAAUAAAGUGUCACAUUUUCAGGUUUU